AUGUCUGUUUCCUUGUCGAUUCGUUCUGUGACGUACCGAAUCCUCAGCCAUCACCAGAAGCUGUUUCGGUUUUCGAAGGCUUUUGCUUCAGACAAGCGUUCAGAUACUAAUGUGUUUGAUCGGCUUACGAAACGACGUCAGCGGAACUGGGCCGCCUCGCAAAGUGACCAUUCCGUCUAUGACUACCUGAAAGAGGAAGUGGCGUAUCGAGUUUCUGACCGCAUUUAUGACGUGAAGAAAUUCAUGAAUGUUGGUGUUGAUUUGGGAUGCGGUUUCGGCUAUAUCGCUCCCCACAUUUACAAGGAACAUGUUGGGUGUUUCAUUCAAGCUGAUAUGAGUGAAAAUAUGGUUGUUGCCAGUCGCCGGUCAGAAGAAGUUAACACGUUUCGUGUUGUAGGCGAUGAGGAGACGGUUCCGUUUAGAAAUAACUUUGCAGACCUGAUCGUUUCCGCCAACAGCAUGCAUUGGAUCAACGAUUUACCCGGAUUCCUUCGAGGAAUUUUCAGUGCUCUCCGGGAGGACGGCGUUUUCAUUGGCGGAAUUUUUGGAGGCGAUACUUUGUUUCAGCUUCGGUGUUCUGUUCAGUUGGCAGAGAUGGAACGUCUUGGAGGACUUGCACCACACGUAUCUCCCUUUGUUACGCCUGAAGAUGUCUCGAACCUAAUGCAGAACACUGGGUUCGGACUCAUCACGAUAGAUGUUGACGAAAUUAUUGUCAAUUAUCCGGAUGUAUUUGCACUUAUGUAUGAUCUGAAGGGCAUGGCUGAAAGUGCAGCUGCGUGGAUACGGGCAAAGACGAUCCGCAGGGAUGUGCUUAAUGCUGCCGCGGCGAUUUACCGGGUAAAUAUGACCGAAAAUGAUUGA